AUGAUUCAGCACGCUGCUGAUCCCGCCCUAACCACCAAGUCAACAGAUUGGUACAUCUGGGAGUUAUUUGCCGCCCACCCCCUCAAGGAAACUCUCCCUGUAUCCGGUGACCUGGACCCUCUCUUCUUCGUGGCCGGCAAGAGUACCCAAGACUCCCUGGUGUGGAAGGGCGCGUGCUACAACACCACGAACCACGAGGCCGUGCCCGUCUCGGUGGCGUUUGAGGGCGUGGAGCCAGGCACCCGUGCCGAGCUAACCCUGCUGACGGGACCCAAGGACCCUUACGCCUACAACGACCCAUGGACCGGCGAGAACGUCGUCAAGACCACCAAGUCUGUACUGGAAGCCAACCAAGACGGCGAGUUCCAGUUUGACAUGCCCGAGCUGAGCGUUGCUGUCCUCGACACCUUGGUUGGAGAAGACUCCGCUACCGAAGACCCAGUGGAAGAGGAGGGUAGCGAAGCGGCUAUCAAGAGGAGAAAAAGAAAUCGCUCUAUUUGA